CGGCGGCUGCUGCUGCGUCGGGUAUCAGAGGCACCAGAGGUGCUAGUCUGUGAGAGCCAUGUACAAUGGGAUAGGACUCCCCACUCCCCGGGGCAGUGGCACCAACGGUUACGUGCAAAGGAAUCUCUCGGCAGUGCGCCACAAGAAGGAUCGGACUGACUACAAGUCAGAAGAGGAGCUGAGGAAACUGGAGUCAUCUUUGGUUAAAAAACCCAACCAGGACAUCCUGGAUCACGAGCGCAAAAGGAAGGUUGAGUUGAAAUGCUUAGAACUGGCUGAACUCAUGGAAGAGCAAGGGUAUGGAGAAGGGGAAAUUCAGGAGAAAGUGGCCACAUUUCGGAUGCUGCUGCUAGAAAAAGAUGUGGCAGUUGUCAAAGAAGGGGAACAGCAGCAGAAGUCUAGUAUUACAGAGACCCAUCAGUUGGCUGAGGCCAGUGAAAAGAAGAAUGAGAGGCUGCGAGCUGCUUUUGGGAUCAGUGAUAGUUAUGUGGAUGGCAGCUCUUUUGACCCCAACCGCAGGGCCAAGGAGGCAGCAACAGCUGCAGUGGCCAAACAACAGCAAGAGCAGCAGAAGCAGUACAGUCUUAUCAAAGACUACAGCAGUUCCCGCUCACCAUCUCCAAAACAAAAGAAGAAAAAGAAGAAAGACAGAGGCAGGUCUGAGAGCAGAUCACCUUCUCGAAAAGAAAGGAAAAAAAGCUCAAAGAAAAAGAAACACAGGUAAGAGGAUUGUAGGGAGGAUUAAAGUGACUGGUCCAGUAUGAGAAUUGGAUUUU